AUGUCGACCACGGGACCUACAACAAGCCGCCAUCAUUGGGAAUCGCCAUCGAAGAUCGUCACACUCACACAAAAGGUUGGUGCGUUCCAUAUCUCAAAUUCCUGUCGUUUUUCCUUGAGCUCACACAUUGUCGCUUAUAAAUUCUCGUAUUUCAUAUUGUUUCGUUAUUUCUGGAGCACUCAAAUUUUCGCAUUUGUCGCUAACGUUAAAUUGUGUCGUUACGGCUUGGUUUGAAGAAAUUUGUAUUGUCACUCAUUUACCAAAUCAAAUACAGUCCACUUUUGUAAACUCAAAUAAACCUACCACCAGACUGGAACGGAUGUGUCCUUGCCGCACAUAACAUUUGAUCCUACGAGCCGGAUCGAAGUCAGAAACUCCUGAAAUCGCCCUGGCCGGCCUGAAGCACAGCGACCACGGGACCUACAAGCCGCCAUCAUUGGGAAUCGCCAUCGAAGAUCGUCACACUCACACAAAGGUUGGUGCGUUCCAUAUCUCAAAUUCCUGUCGUUUUUCCUUGAGCUCACACAUUGUCGCUUAAAAAUUCUCGUAUUUCAUAUUGUUUCGUUAUUUCUGGAGCACUCAAAUUUUCGCAUUUGUCGCUAACGUUAAAUUGUGUCGUUACGGCUUCGUUACCUACCUGAAUUUACCCUCAUUCUCGUUCUCGCUCACUCACGCAUAAUGCCUAAUGGUAAUGCUAAAAAACUUGCAUCCAUAAAGGGUACUCUUACUCGAUUUCAUAAUUAUUUCGAUACCAUCAGUCAAAAAUCUAAUCCAGAUAUCACAGAACUGGAAUGUAGACUAGCUUCUGUCGAAUUGCUGUUAGACAAUUUUAACAAAAUUCAAGAAAAAAUCGAAGAUUCAGAUGGAAAUUUUGAGGAAAAUUUUGAAUCAGUUCAUUCAGUAGCGCGUGCUGAAUUUGAAAAUGCCUUUUACGAAAUU